AGGCAGCCGAGCCAUGGAUCAGAAGAAGGCGAUGAGGUCUCACCACUCUCACAUGUCACCAUGGCCGCGUGGGUUAGCGGCGCGACGGGGGUGGUGCCAGCAGGCGGCUUCGCGGCCGACGACGGUUCUUGUGAUCGUGCUGACCGUGUUUGCCGCGCUGCUCUUGGCCGUCGUCCUCUUCGGCGUCCGGCUCACGCCCUUGGGCGCCAACAAUACCUGGGUCUCGGCCGGGGUACGCGUCGUCCUCAAAGCCGUGUCCGACUCCGACCACGGCCCUGAUCCACUGGCGAAGGUGCCGGACCCCAGCGACCGGCUGCUGGGCGGCCUCCUCUCGCCGGACUUCGACGAAAGCUCCUGCCUCAGCCGCUACAACGCCGCGCUCUACCGCCGCCCGUCGCUGCACGCCGUUUCAACCUACCUCGUCUCCGCGCUCCGCCGCUACGAGUCGCUGCACCGGCGCUGCGGCCCGGGCACUCCAGGCUACGCGCGCGCCGUCGAGCUCCUGCGCGCCAACGCCUCCGCUUCUUCUUCGUCCUCCGGAUCAUGCAGCUACGCCGUGUGGGCCCCGAUCGAGGGGCUCGGCAACCGCAUGCUCUCCAUCACCUCCGCCUUCCUCUACGCGCUGCUCACGGACCGCGUGCUCCUCCUCCACAGCAGCGGCGGCGGCGGCGACCUCGACGGCCUCUUCUGCGAGCCGUUCCCGGGCUCCACGUGGAUCCUGCCGGCGGCGCCGGGCGACACGGGCUUCCCCAUCCGCGGCAUCGAGCGGCUCACGGACCGGUACCACCACCAGAGCCUGGGCUCCGUGCUGAGGCGCGGCGAGGACCCCGGCGCGGCGCCGUGGCUGUACGUGCACCUCCGGCACGACUACACCAAGGACAGCCGCGACCAGCAGUUCUUCUGCGACGACGUGCAGGCCAGGCUGGGGGCAGUGCCGUGGCUCGUGUUCCGGUCGGACAACUACUUCGUGCCGGGGCUGUUCCUGGUCCCGCGGCACGAGGCGGAGCUGGCGCGCAUGUUCCCGCGCCGCGACGUCGUGUUCCACCACCUCGGCCGCUACCUCUUCCACCCGAGCGACACGGUGUGGGGCAUGGUGACCCAGUACCACGACUCGUACUUCGCCAGCGCGGACGAGCGCGUGGGGAUCCAGGUGCGCAGGUUCUACUGGGCGCCGAUCUCCACCGACGACCUCUUCGCCCAGAUCCUCAACUGCUCGCAGCGCGAGGACAUCCUGCCCAGCGUUGGCGUUCCCGCGGCAAAAGGCGGCUCCGACGGCCAGCAGCCUGCGAAACAGAAGGCCGUGGUCGUCGUGUCCCUGCACGGCGAGUACUCCGAGAAGCUCAGGGACCUGUACCAGGGGCACGGCGGAGCGGCGGGCGGCCAGGAGGCGGUGAGCGUGCACCAGCCGACGCACCUGGGCUCGCAGCGCUCCGGCGAGCAGCAGCACAACCAGAAGGCGCUCGCGGAGAUGGUGCUGCUCAGCUUCUCGGACGCGCUGGUCACCUCCGCGGUCUCGACGUUCGGGUACGUAGGGCAGGGGCUAGCGGGGCUGAGACCUUGGGUGCUCACGAGCCCCGUCGACAGGAAGGGCCCCGGGAUGCCGCUGCCGUGCCGGCGCGCCGCUACCGUCGAGCCUUGCUUCCAUGCGCCGCUCGACUACGAUUGUCGGGCCAAAGCAAAAGGUGACGCCGGUAGGAGGGUGCGGCACAUCCGACACUGUGAGGACUUCCCGCGAGGUGUGCAGUUGGUGGAAUGAUGAACUACGCACUAGUAUUACAUCACAUGGGCGCUCAGGAGCUACCAAGCACCAGUUUUUCAUUAUAUUACAAUUAAACAUGGGGAAUAAAUACGGCAUUCAGUCUAAGAGGUUACUGUAAAAAAAGUUAUGUAAGAUGACCAUCGCAAAUAGCGUGCGUUGCUAGGUUUUCUUUUACCACAACAUUUGAUUUUUUAUUAAAAACAUUUUUGUUAACAAAUUUGUUUCUUUGUAUUUGUAUCGGUUUUUGCUCCAUAUGUCUCCGUUGUAUUUAUAGGCAUAAACUCUAUAUCUGUCUUCCAAAUGAAAGGUGGUAUUCAAUUUCGUUUA